AUGAACAGUGAUCAUUCGGCCAAGCGCAACAUCCAGCUGCCAGACUCUCCUGACGAGUGCCUUGGAGUCGGCAUCAAGGUUAUUCAAAAUGCCUAUAUGUCUAAGAUGCAGUCGUUGGAGCAUGAGGUUCGCGCACUACGCUUGAGCCUCGACCAAGAGAAGGCUGCUCAUAUGCAAACUAUGAAGAGGGCCAAUGCGCUGGAUGUCGAACUUAUUGACUCUCGUGAGAGAUGCAAGAAGCUGCAGGAGGAGAAUAGGAACCUCAUUCAGAACCUGAGGGCGCAAAACCAACAGUUGGAGCACUUCGAGCGUCUUAAGCAGACUCUAGUCGGGGGCUUGGACUCCUUCCAGAGUGAAUCAUCUAGGAUGCACGAUGGUGACGGUAGUGGUUACGCGGACACAAGGUUCCUUAGGAGAGAGAGCUUCCUUCAAGGCAUCGCUCCUAUGGCGGCUUCCUCGGCUCCUCCACCUAUGUGCACUACUCCUGUGGGUUCGGCCAGUGUGUACGGCAGCUUCAACUCGAAUCAGAACCAUCAUCAGUUUGGUUUCCCCAAUCCAGGAGGCUUCUCUAACAACAACAUGCUUGAGGCUGGUGCCACAACUUCUCAUACGUCUCCUGUCAAUAACAGUACAUCGUCGAUAUCGGGUAUUGGCAUGCAACAGAAGUCUCACGAUAGUGCUAUGCCUGAUGUGAGCGGCGAUAGUGGUGCUGGGGGCCGCCCUAGUGGCAUCGAUGGUAAGAGCUUCUUUAAAGUGGCUAGGUCCAGGUUGUCGUAUGAGUGCUUUAACAAGUUCUUAGCUAGCAUCAAGCGUCUCAAUGCACAGGAGCAAAGUACUGAUGCUACUCUAGCUGAUGUGAAGAAGAUCUUCGAUGAGGAGGGAGAGGGAAACGAUGAUCUGUAUUCGGACUUUGCCGCUCUACUGCAUAGGCGUGAUUGAAGGAGGGCAUACCAUGAUGAAUUAAUAUCGUUACCUUUCAUGACCGAACUAACACUAGGUCUCGACAGACCACAGCAGCACG